AUCUAUAGUGGUUCUCUCUCCAUCCCCCCACUCCCUCCCUCAACCUGCUCUCUUCUUCAUCUCAAUUGAAAAUUGAACUGAUUUUCAUCAUGUUUGUGUAAAUUAUAAAACAAAAUCAUGUUUGCAUACCUUGACUGGCGAAGAUAUGUGCAAAAGAAGAUUUCAAAGAAGCAAAGCAUACGACGUUGACAAACUUUUCAACAUCUCCAUCCAAGAUAAAAGAUGGCCAAAUGCAAGCUUCAUCACAUGAAACUUGUCCUGGCUGUCAAUAUAUCUUGCGUUUUGGCGAUGAUUCUCUAUUUGCCGAUGGUUUAUCAUCACGAGCAUGUAUCACCACCCGUUUCUCAGCCGAACUUCGUGAGGAGGUUUGAUCCUCGAUACGUAUCGAAUUUAGAUAUUAGUUGGGAAGAAAUAAAGGUCAUCAGGACAAUACCCGGAAACAAUAAGUUUCAUGGAAUCGGGCUUUUGAAUUUGAACAAGAUCGAAACAAAUCACUGGAAGCAGCUUAUUUCCAAUUCAGAUCAUGUUGUCUUGCACCUAGAUUAUGCUGAGAAAAAUAUGACUUGGGAUAUGUUAUACCCGGAAUGGAUAGACGAAGAACGAGAAUAUGGAAUCCCAAUUUGCCAAUCACUACCAAAAAUUGAAGAGCCAAAGAAACGGCUAGAUCUCAUUAUCGUUAAGCUUCCUUGUCGAGAUCACAAGGCGAACUGGUCUAGAGACGUGGCUCGUUUGCACUUGCAGCUUGCUGCUGCUCAGCUAGCAGUGUCAAGCAAAGGAUAUCAGCCGGUGCAUUUGCUUUUUGUCACCAAAUGUUUUCCAAUUCCAAAUCUGUUUCCCUGCAAGGAACUUGUUUUACGGGAAGGCAACAUGUGGUUAUACAAACCAAAUUUGGAUAUAUUGAGAGAAAAACUCCGGCUUCCUGUUGGUUCGUGUGAACUUGCACUUCCGCUCAACCCUAAAGAACAAGUGCGAUCUGGAAAUAGUCAUCGAGAGGCAUACGCAACGAUUCUCCACUCUGCUCAUGUCUACGUCUGUGGAGCCAUAGCAGCAGCACGAAGCAUCCGAAUGACCGGAUCCACCCGCGACCUUAUCAUACUUGUUGACGAAACAACCAGCAAGUACCACAGGAGCGGACUCGAGGCUGCAGGGUGGAAUAUAAGGACAAUCCAAAGAAUAAGAAAUCCGAAAGCGGAAAAGAAUGCCUACAACGAAUGGAACUACAGCAAGUUCCGGUUAUGGCAACUAACGGACUACGACAAAAUCAUCUUCAUCGAUGCUGAUUUACUGGUACUUAGAAACAUUGAUUUCUUAUUCAGCAUGCCAGAAAUUUCUGCCACCGGAAAUCAUGGAAUGCUUUUCAAUUCUGGUGUUAUGGUGAUUGAGCCUUCAAAUUGUACUUUUCAACUUUUGAUGGACCAUGUCACCGAAAUUGAUUCGUACAAUGGUGGAGAUCAAGGAUAUUUGAAUGAAAUUUUCACGUGGUGGCAUCGGAUUUCGAAACACAUGAAUUUUCUGAAGCACUUCUGGAUUGGUGACGAUGAGGCAGUGAAGGAAAAGAAAACGAAGCUUUUUGGAGCUGAUCCUCCGAUUCUGUACGUGCUUCAUUACGUAGGAUCUAAGCCAUGGAUGUGCUUUCGCGACUACGACUGCAACUGGAAUGUGGACUUUAUGCAGGAGUAUGCGAGCGAUGUUGCACACGAGAAGUGGUGGAAAGUGCACGAUGAGAUGCCGGGGGAGUUGCAGCAGUUUUGCAUGUUAAGGACGAAGCAGAAGAUGCAGUUGGAGUGGGAUAGGAGGUUUGCUGAGAAAUGGAAGUACGCAGAUGGGCAUUGGAGAAGGAAAGUUGAGGAUCCGAGGUUGAAGAAGUGUGUCGAUAAGUUGUGCUUGUGAAGGUCAUGUUACCGCAUUAGGGGGAGACUAAAUGGACUGGUGAUGAGUUUGAUUUUUUGAACUUACACGUAUCUGUCCUGCUUCAAAGAGUUUUGGACAGUGCUUUGCUCAAGUAUCGUGCAAGUAUUCAGAUUAGGAUUUUGUUGGUUAAUUCGUAAAACACCGUUGUUUUGGACUACCAAAGAAUUGUCGACCAAGCAUUUAACAAUUUCUGAACUAGUACUGUGUUGCGCUGCGCGCCCACCCAUUGUUCAUUUAUUGGGAUAGCAGAAAGUGAGAGAUUUUGCUGCAUCCACUAUCCUUGUUUUCCUCAUAUUUGGUCCAUAUUUUGUCAAUGCAUUUGGUUUGAUGUU